GGGCGGGCGGAGUGACGUCAGGAGCUGUCCCCGGUGCUGGAACAAGAUGGCCGCCCGCUAGCCACAGGGGCGGCGGCGGGAGCGGCGCCGAGCCCACUCCGCGCCCCCCGCGCCCGCGCCCUCACUGGGACCAUGUCGCUGCUCUGCGUCGGAGUUAAAAAGGCCAAGUUCGAUGGGCCCCAAGAGAAGUUUAACACCUACGUGACACUGAAGGUGCAGAAUGUCAAGAGCACAACCAUUGCAGUGCGGGGCAACCUGCCUGCCUGGGAGCAGGACUUCAUGUUUGAGAUCAACAGGCUUGACCUGGGCCUGACGGUGGAAGUGUGGAACAAGGGGCUCAUCUGGGACACCAUGGUGGGCACGGUGUGGAUUCCCCUCCGGACCAUCCGACAGUCCAAUGAGGAGGGCCCUGGCGAGUGGCUCACACUUGACUCCCAGGUUAUCAUGACUGACAACGAGAUUUCAGGCACCAAGGACCCCACUUUCCACCGCAUCCUCCUUGACACCCGCUUCGAGCUACCACUGGAUAUCCCUGAGGAGGAGGCCAGGUACUGGGCCAAGAAGCUGGAGCAGCUCAAUGCCAUGCGGGACCAGGAUGACUAUGCCUUCCAGGAGGAGCAGGAAAAGCCUCUGCCUGUUCACAGCUCCCAGUGCUGCAACUGGAAUUAUUUUGGCUGGGGAGAACAGCAGAAUGAUGACCUUGAUAGCACAGUGGAUGACAGAGACAGUGAUUACCGCAGCGAGACCAGCAACAGCAUCCCACCACCUUACUACACCACCUCCCAGCCCAAUGCCUCUGUCCACCAGUACCCCAUGAGGCACCAGCAACAGAGCUCCCGGGACUCCUGCACUGACUCCAUGCAGAGCUAUGAGAUGGACUACUCAGACCAGCAUCCCAUCAGCCCCACAGGAAGCAGCCGCUAUGCCUCGUCGGCAGAGCUGAGCCAGGGCAGCUCCCAGCUGAGUGAGGACUUCGAGAACGAGAGCCUGCGCGACUCAGAGCUGGACGAGCGUGACGGAGACUCCUACCACUCCUGCCACAGUUCUGUCAGCUACCGCAAGGACUCACCUCACUGGGAGGAGGAGGAUGACCUCUAUUUAGAGGAGGGGGAAGAGGAGGAGGGGGAAGAGGAGGAGGAAGAGUUCAAUGAGGACUACAGCGAGAAUGAAGAAGGCUAUCCCAAGGAGGAGGAGGACCUGCAGGAGCAGGAGCAGAGCACCUACAAAACCCAUGAGCAUGAUGCCUACCCCUUACCACAGAAACCUCCUGGGCAGCAGCAGCAGGUCCCACAACAGCAGCAGCAACCCCAGCAACCCCAGCUGGUCCCACAGAUGAAGCUGCAGAAGGAGGAGAGGAAAGAGGAGAGGAAGGAGGAGGAGGAUAUCUCUGUCCCCCAGCAACCUCCAGAGGCUCUUGAGACCCAGCAGGAAGCAAAGGAAGCUCCCAUUGAAGAGGCAGCUCAUGAGUCUGAGCCCCCAAAACCAUCUGAGAGGGAACAGGCAGAGGUGGAGGUGCAGGACCCCAAAGCACGAGCCAAAGCCAACUGGCUGAGAGCCUUCAACAAAGUCUGCAUGCAGCUGCAGGAGGCCCGUGGGGAAGGUGAUGGAGAAGCUAAAUCCCUGUGGUUCAAAGGCGGACCCGGCGGGGGGCUGAUCAUUAUAGACAGCAUGCCGGACAUUCGCAAGCGAAAGCCCAUCCCCCUAGUUAGCGAUUUGGCAAUGUCCCUGGUUCAGUCCAGGAAAGCAGGAAUCACAUCUGCACUGGCCUCAAGCACCUUGAACAAUGAGGAACUGAAAAACCAUGUUUACAAGAAGACCCUGCAAGCCUUAGUGUACCCCAUCUCCUGCACGACACCCCACAACUUCGAGGUGUGGACGGCCACCACCCCUACCUACUGCUACGAGUGUGAGGGGCUGCUGUGGGGCAUUGCCCGGCAGGGCAUGCGCUGUGCCGAGUGCGGUGUCAAGUGUCACGAGAAGUGCCAGGACCUGCUCAAUGCUGACUGCCUGCAGAGGGCAGCAGAGAAGAGCUCUAAGCAUGGAGCAGAGGACCGGACGCAGAAUAUCAUCAUGGUGCUCAAGGACCGCAUGAAGAUUCGUGAGCGUAACAAGCCAGAGAUAUUUGAGCUGAUCCAGGAAGUGUUUGGGGUCACCAAGACCACACACACACAGCAGAUGAAGGCAGUGAAGCAGAGUGUCCUGGAUGGCACCUCCAAAUGGUCAGCCAAGAUCAGCAUCACAGUUGUUUGUGCCCAGGGCCUGCAAGCAAAGGAUAAGACGGGUUCCAGUGACCCAUAUGUCACAGUCCAGGUUGGAAAGACAAAAAAGAGGACUAAAACCAUCUAUGGCAAUCUCAACCCGGUCUGGGAGGAGAAUUUCCAUUUCGAGUGCCAUAAUUCCUCUGACCGCAUCAAAGUUCGUGUCUGGGAUGAAGAUGACGACAUCAAGUCCCGCGUCAAGCAGCGCUUCAAGAGGGAGUCUGAUGACUUCCUGGGCCAGACAAUCAUUGAGGUCCGGACCCUGAGCGGGGAGAUGGACGUCUGGUACAACCUCGACAAGAGAACAGACAAGUCUGCUGUGUCGGGAGCCAUCCGGCUACACAUCAGUGUGGAGAUCAAAGGCGAGGAGAAGGUAGCUCCCUACCACGUGCAGUACACCUGCCUGCAUGAGAACCUUUUCCAUUUUGUGACGGAUUUGCAAAAUAACGGAGUGGUGAAGAUCCCAGAUGCCAAGGGGGACGACGCCUGGAAGGUCUACUUUGAUGAGACAGCCCAGGAGAUCGUGGAUGAGUUUGCAAUGCGCUACGGGGUGGAGUCCAUCUACCAGGCCAUGACACACUUUGCCUGCCUUUCCUCCAAGUACAUGUGCCCCGGGGUGCCAGCAGUGAUGAGCACCCUGCUGGCCAACAUCAAUGCCUACUAUGCUCACACCACAGCUUCCACCAACGUCUCAGCAUCUGACCGCUUUGCUGCUUCCAAUUUCGGGAAGGAGAGGUUCGUCAAACUCCUGGACCAGCUGCACAACUCGCUGCGGAUCGACCUCUCCAUGUACCGGAACAACUUCCCUGCCAGCAGUCCUGAACGGCUGCAGGAUCUCAAGUCCACAGUUGAUUUGCUGACCAGCAUCACCUUCUUUCGGAUGAAGGUCCAGGAGCUGCAGAGUCCCCCACGAGCCAGCCAGGUGGUGAAGGACUGUGUGAAGGCCUGCCUCAACUCCACCUAUGAGUACAUCUUCAACAACUGCCACGAGUUGUACAGCCGAGAGUACCAGACAGACCCAACUAAGAAAGGUGAGGUGCCCCCGGAGGAGCAGGGCCCCAGCAUCAAAAACCUGGACUUCUGGUCUAAGCUCAUCACCCUGAUAGUCUCCAUCAUUGAGGAGGACAAGAAUUCCUACACACCCUGCCUGAACCAGUUUCCCCAGGAGCUAAAUGUGGGGAAGAUCAGCGCCGAGGUGAUGUGGAACCUCUUUGCUCAGGACAUGAAGUAUGCAAUGGAGGAGCACGACAAGCACCGCCUGUGCAAGAGCGCCGACUACAUGAACCUGCACUUCAAGGUGAAGUGGCUCUACAACGAGUAUGUCACCGAGCUGCCUGCCUUCAAGAGCCGUGUGCCUGAGUACCCCGCGUGGUUCGAGCCCUUCGUUAUCCAGUGGCUGGAUGAGAAUGAAGAGGUGUCCCGGGAUUUCCUGCAUGGAGCACUGGAGAGGGACAAGAAGGAUGGGUUCCAGCAGACAUCAGAGCAUGCACUCUUCUCCUGCUCGGUGGUGGACGUCUUCUCCCAGCUCAACCAGAGCUUCGAGAUCAUCAAGAAGCUCGAGUGCCCUGACCCCCAGAUCGUUGGACAUUACAUGAGAAGGUUUGCCAAGACCAUCAGCAAUGUGCUGCUCCAGUAUGCUGAGAUCAUCUCCAAGGAUUUUGCCUCGUACUGCUCCAAGGAGAAGGAGAAAGUGCCCUGCAUCCUGAUGAACAACAUCCAGCAGCUCCGUGUCCAGCUUGAGAAGAUGUUUGAAGCCAUGGGUGGGAAAGAGCUGGACACAGAAGCCAGUGAUAUCCUCAAAGAGCUGCAGGUGAAACUCAACAACGUCCUGGACGAACUGAGCCGAAUCUUUGCCACCAGUUUCCAGCCGCACAUUGAGGAGUGCGUGAAGCAGAUGGGUGACAUCCUGGGCCAGGUGAAGGGCACUGGCAAUGUCCCUGCCAGCACCUGCAGCAGCGUUGCACAGGAUGCUGACAAUGUCCUGCAGCCCAUCAUGGACCUCCUGGACAGCAACCUGACACUGUUUGCCAAGAUCUGUGAGAAGACAGUGCUGAAGCGGGUGCUGAAGGAGCUCUGGAAGCUGGUGAUGAACACGAUGGAGAAGACGAUUGUCCUGCCCCCACUCACUGACCAGACGAUGAUUGGAACGCUCUUGAGAAAACAUGGCAAGGGGACAGAGAAGAGCAGGGUGAAGCUACCCAGUCACACUGAAGGCACACAGAUGAUUUUCAAUGCAGCCAAGGAGCUGGGGCAGCUCUCAAAGCUGAAGGACCACAUGGUGAGAGAGGAAGCCAAGAGCCUGACCCCAAAGCAAUGUGCAGUGGUGGAGCUGGCACUGGACACCAUCAAGCAAUACUUCCAUGCUGGCGGCGUGGGGCUGAAGAAGACAUUCCUGGAGAAGAGCCCUGACCUGCAGUCGCUGCGCUAUGCCCUGUCCCUCUACACCCAGGCCACUGACCUGCUCAUCAAGACCUUCGUGCAGACGCAGGCUUCACAGGGCUCUGGUGUGGAUGACCCCGUUGGGGAGGUGUCCAUCCAUGUGGAGCUCCUCACCCACCCUGGCACUGGUGAACACAAGGUCACCGUCAAAGUGGUGGCUGCAAAUGAUCUCAAGUGGCAGACGUCAGGCAUUUUCCGGCCCUUCAUAGAGGUCAACAUCAUUGGGCCUCACCUCAGUGACAAGAAGAGGAAAUUUGCCACCAAAUCCAAGAACAACAGCUGGGCUCCCAAGUACAACGAGAGCUUCCAGUUCACGCUGGGGACAGAGACAGGUCCCGAGUGCUACGAGCUGCAGGUGUGUGUGAAGGAUUACUGCUUUGCCCGGGAGGACCGGACCGUGGGCAUUGCUGUGCUGCAGCUCCGGGACAUCCUGCAACGCCCUGGCUGUGCCUGCUGGCUGCCCCUGGGCCGCCGCAUCCACAUGGAUGACACUGGCCUCACCGUGCUCCGCAUCCUCUCCCAGCGCAACAAUGAUGAGGUGGCCAAGGAAUUCGUCAAGCUCAAGUCAGACACACGCUCAGCUGAGGAGGGCAGCAGUUAAACACCUUCCACACCCCCCAGUUCUCUUCCUCCCCCUCCUGACUCCUUUCCUGCAGCAUCCUCCACCCAUGUAAAGCAUUAAGAGUGGCCACAAGAGGAGGUUCCUGCCUGGCGCUGGUGGGGGUGAGAGGAGUGUGGCUGCAGUGACAGACCCUCCCCCUUUCCAUCCUCCCUUGACCAGACUGGCUGGGUGACAGCAGUGCAGAGCACAGCCGUGUUCCCAUCCCACCCUGAUGAGAAGACGCUGGAUCUGGUAGGGGCUGUAGGUGAAGGGCUGGACCCCAGGCUGGGUGAUGGGACAGAUCUGCCCCUUCCCAGCCUGUCUGAGAUGGAGGAACCUCAGUGGCCCAUCCUUGACCCUACUGUGUCCUACCUAGUGCCAAACCUCAUCAACUGACAAAGGGAGAUGCCUGGGGUGGGGGGGGGGUGGUGCCUGUGUGUGCCUGGUCCCACCCAGGGGUAUUGGUGAGUGGCUGGCACAGCAUGAUUGCCUCUUCUCCCCAUCCCUUGAACACUGUUGGGUGCCUGAAGAGACAAGGAAGUUCCCACCCUCUGAGCACCCUGUAGAUAUGUAAAUAGUUGUACAUGCACAGGGCACCUGAACAGCUGUGGUCUGCACCCAGAAGGGCUGUUGGGUCAGUGGGUGCAGCCCCUGCAUGCCCUGCACAGGGUCCCUUCCCUGGUUGGCAGCGGCAUCAGUGGGGCCAGGAGUGGCAGAGAGCAGGCCCUAGCCCAUAUCCUGUCUUCCCUGCCUUGCUGCCAUUGUGGGUUGCCCCACUGCUGCUCCCAGGGUGCCAGGGUUUGGGGGCGAGGGCUGGCAGCACUGGAGCAGAGAGCCCCGUCUCUCUUUGCUCUGGCCGCCCCUAUGCAGUGCAGCAGCACCUGUGAGAACUCCUGGGUGCAAACAAGACCAUUCCCGCUCCCAGCCCAGGGGUCUACCUCCCUCCCCCAGUUUCCUCUUACCCACCAUUUGUGUGUGCUCAGUGGUGUGUGUGUCUUGUGUGAGUGUCUGAGCAGCCAGGAUGUGUUGUGCCGGGGGUGACUGCUACAGCUGGCCUGCUUGCCCUAAGUAUUGAGGAAGACAGAGUCUUGUUAAUCCUGCAAGUCAAUCUAGAUCCCUCAAUUCUCUCCCCAGCCCAAAACAGGGUACCCUGGCUAGCCCCCCAUGGUCCUUUUUCUAUAGGGUUUGCCUUGGACCAAAAAGUUUAACUUUCCUCUCUUGUUUCUGUUCAAUGUUUACACCCCUUUUCUAACUGCUGCUCCUGCACGGCCAGGCUGGGGCCCAGCCCUGCACCCUGCAACCAUGGUGUGCCCUGGCUCUGUGCCCCCUCCCCAAACUAUCCUGUUUGGCAUGUGAUUGAACUGACCAAUUCUGCUCCUGUAGCACGUGUCACCGAUGCCUGUGUGUCUGUACCACCCCGUGCGGCACCGCCGGCGGCAGCUACCAUGGAUGCAUGACAGUGAAGAUGUUUUGCACUAUUUUGAAAUUUUUUGGCUCUGUAAAAAUAUUUUAUUAUAACUGACAUUAAAAAGCACAUCCUUCA